GACGGGCGGGAGGGGCCGGAUCCGGUUCGGUGGGUGGCGCGCCUGCGACGGCGGCGGGGGCUCGGGCCGCAGCUGUCGUCGUCCUGGUCGCUGUCACUGCUGCCGCCGCUGCCACUUUCGCCUUCUCCUCGACUCGGCCCAGACCCGACCUCGGCCGGGCCGCCCGUCAGCCACCAUGCCGGGCAUCGACAAGCUGCCCAUCGAGGAGACCCUGGAGGACAGCCCACAGACACGGUCCCUGCUGGGUGUAUUUGAAGAAGAUGCUGCAGCUAUUUCCAAUUACAUGAAUCAAUUAUAUCAAGCCAUGCGUCGAAUUUAUGAUGCACAGAAUGAAUUAAGUGCAGCGACACACCUGACAUCAAAGCUUCUAAAAGAAUAUGAGAAACAGCGUUUUCCACUAGGGGGUGAUGAUGAAGUAAUGAGCUCUACUUUGCAGCAGUUUUCAAAAGUGAUUGAUGAGCUAAGUUCCUGUCAUGCAGUACUCUCAACUCAACUUGCUGAUGCUAUGAUGUUUCCUAUUUCCCAAUUUAAAGAAAGGGAUCUAAAAGAGAUAUUAACUUUAAAGGAAGUGUUUCAAAUUGCCAGCAAUGAUCAUGAUGCUGCAAUUAAUAGAUAUAGUCGACUGUCCAAAAAAAGAGAAAAUGAUAAGGUGAAGUAUGAAGUUACUGAAGAUGUAUAUACUUCUAGAAAAAAACAGCACCAGACGAUGAUGCAUUAUUUCUGUGCAUUGAAUACUCUUCAGUAUAAGAAGAAAAUAGCGAUGCUAGAACCCCUGCUUGGAUACAUGCAAGCUCAGAUAAGUUUCUUUAAGAUGGGUUCCGAAAAUCUCAAUGAACAGCUAGAAGAAUUUUUAGCAAAUAUUGGAACAAGUGUACAGAAUGUUCGCAGGGAAAUGGAUUGUGAAGUGGAAACCAUGCAGCAGACAAUAGAGGAUUUGGAAGUAGCCAGUGACCCGUUGUAUUUGCCUGACCCUGACAUCACCAAAUUUCCUGUUCAUCGCAAUUUAACCCGCAAGGCUGGAUAUCUCAAUGCUAGGAAUAAGACUGGCCUCGUGUCCUCUACCUGGGACAGACAAUUUUACUUUACUCAAGGUGGAAACCUGAUGAAUCAGGCCCGGGGAGAUGUUGCGGGGGGCCUUGCCAUGGACAUAGACAACUGCUCCGUAAUGGCUGUUGACUGUGAAGAUAGACGGUACUGUUUCCAGAUCACAUCCUUUGAUGGCAAAAAGUCUUCAAUUUUGCAAGCAGAAAGUAAAAAAGACUAUGAAGAGUGGAUUUGUACAAUAAACAACAUCUCCAAACAGAUAUAUUUAAGUGAAAAUCCUGAGGAAAUUGCUGCAAGAGUAAAUCAGUCGGCUCUGGAAGCAGUCACUCCAUCACCAUCUUUCCAGCAGAGGCAUGAGAGCUUGCGGCCAAUCCCACAAAGUCGGCCAACUACAGCUCGAACUAGUAGUUCAGGGUCUCUUGGAUCCGAGUCAACAACUUUGGCAACUCUUUCCCUGGAUUCUCUCGUUGCCCCAGACACACCUAUACAAUUUGACAUAAUUUCUCCUGUUAGUGAAGAUCAACCUGGCCAGGCUAAAAAUUCUGGGCAGGGAGGCAAGCGUACAAAUCCAUUUGGAGAAUCUGGAGGAAGAUCAAAAACUGAAACUGAAGAUUCCAUCCUUCAUCAGUUAUUUAUUGUUCGAUUCCUUGGCUCUAUGGAGGUAAAAUCAGAUGACAGUCCAGAUGUUGUUUAUGAAACAAUGCGUCAAAUCCUAGCAGCUCGAGCGAUCCAUAACAUUUUCCGGAUGACAGAAUCCCAUUUAUUAGUUACUUGUGACUGUUUAAAAUUAAUUGACCCACAAACUCAAGUUACAAGGCUCAGAUUUCCCUUGCCCAAUGUGGUCCUGUAUGCUACACAUCAGGAAAGUAAACGUCUCUUUGGGUUUGUGCUUCGGACAUCGGGAGGCAGAGUCGAGAGCCAUCCAACUUCAGUUUGUUACAUAUUUGAAUCGAACAAUGAAGGAGAAAAGAUUUGUGAUUCUGUUGGACUUGCAAAACAGAUCGCUUUGCAUGCUGAAUUGGAUCGCAGAGCAUCAGAGAAACAAAAAGAAAUAGAGAGAGUAAAAGAGAAACAACAGAAGGAACUGAAUAAACAGAAACAAAUUGAAAAGGAUUUAGAAGAACAAAGUCGAUUAAUAGCUGCCUCCAGUAGACCAAACCAGACGAGUGGAGAAGGACAAUUUGUGGUCCUUAGUAGUAGCCAGUCUGAAGAGAGUGAUUUGGGAGAAGAUGGAAAGAAGAAAAAAGAGUCAGAAGCAUGAGGUUAUCCAUUUUUUUGGUGGCCUUUUUCUACCAUCAGAAUCUCUUAACAGUUUCUGAGAUAAAACAGCACAAGUUAAACAACCCUAAGAGGCAUCAAGGUAGAGAUUUUUUUAUAGAAGACUGAAUUUGCCAACCACAUUUUACGGUUUUUUCCCCCCUUAAAAUUAACUUACGGUUAUUAUAAUAACAAUAACUUAACACCUAAUUCCACGUUUUAAAAAAUCUGUCUGUUUACUGAAGUAGGUUGCUGCAAUUAUACCGAGUUGACUUUUUUUUCCUCCAUUUCAAAACUUUUUACCUUGGCUUUGGAACAACUUUAGUUGUACAAACUAAAAGGAAAUAUUUAUCCUUAUGCUUCAGCUGUACAUGGGGAUACUAUUUCCGUCUGCUGGAAGCAGGAAGAAGGUGUGUGCUGAACAGAUUCAAAAUCAUUUGCAUUUUAUUGCAAAGAAUCACUCAUCCUUGUGAGACUUACAUUACAACAGUGAAUGUGCAAUACACUUUGGAAAAGGCCCAGGACAUAGGUUUUAUGUGUAUGGUUUUAGAGUUUUCAGGGAGGUGCCAUUUAAUCAUAGAAUGCAUCAUUGGCGUGACUUCAUGGGAUGUAAUUACAUCAUGGUGUAUAUGAAAUAGAAACCAAGGUUUCUCCAUGUCAAGAUGAACCUGGCUGUUGGCAUGUGACCAUCACAUUCUCAUUCUCAGGGUGGGACUUGAAAUACUGCUGCAAAGUGGUAGUGGUUAAAGCUAGAAGAUGUUGGGAAUUGUGAAAGGAUAUCUUUUUGUUUAAAUACAUUUUAGAUGUUGAAUUUGGAUAAGGCAAAUUGGCCUUUGGUAUCUGUUAUACUCAGUGAUGAAUUCUAUUUUUUAUAUCAUAUGAAAUCAUAAUUUUCAUUACAAUUGAGUGACAUUACAAUGAAAGUUCUCAGCAAUUAUGUUUACUGAUUAAGCAGAAAUCCCUCAACUAUUUGGGGAUUUGUGCUCACUUGGAAUAAUUUCAACUGACGUUCUCCAAGUCUUCACAGCUAAAUAACCUUCAGCUUCUUGCUAUGUAUGAUAUUGAAUCGUCCAUGAUGGCAAAUAACUAAUUUAUAUAAAAUGUCAUAUUUGCACUAAUUAUUGUAAAUAAUACUAUUCUAAUGAGUGGGAGACACAUUCGUAGGUUCAAAAACAUAAUGCCUGGUAUGUUAUAGAAAAAUGGAAAAAGGAAAAUGGUUUUGGCUCAUAGUUAUAAGUGAUAAUUUUCUACAGGCCUCUUUCAUAUCAGAUGUUUAUUUUUUACAGUUAUCAGUGUUUGAGACAAAUAAUGCUUCUCCUAAAUUUAAGAAUUUAAUACAAUAAUGUAGCAAAUUAAAUGUUUUGGUCAAUUUCUGAAUUUGGUCAAAAGUUAGUUUCCAAUAACAAUUGGGAAUUUCAUAAGGGAAAAUUUUAUUCUUUAAAUGCAACUUUUUUCCUUAAAAGUGAAGUAGAGGGGUUCGGUUUUGGCUUUCACUCUGUGUGGGUUACUGCUUUCUGUGAUCAUUAGAAUAGGUGUCAUCAGACCUUUCUUAUAUCUGUCUUUGUGUGCCAAGUGGAAAUUUUGACUUAUUUAGUACUUAUUGGCGGCAUUAUGUUGGACCAUCUGAUUGAAUUUGUUUGAGAAUGAUAUGGCUUACUCUUUAUAUAGAGAAUAGUAUAAAUGUCAACAUGAACUAAAUUCCUUCACUUAAAAAGUUGUUCUUUAAUCAUGUAUAAUGUAUAAAAUUUGCUCUUAAAGUCAUUUAUGAUAAAUAGUGCUUAUUCUGCUUACGUCAUAGAUUUGUUUACAUCAUAGAUUGUGUCCUUUUACUUAUGUCAAAUGGAGUCUCUAUAACCAAUAGGGAAGUUCUUUAAAAGCAAGGAACAAGGGAAAGCUUUAGCAAGAAGGGAAGCUAGUAAAAAUAAGACUCUGUAGUAAGUACUAAUAAAGCACUAAUACAAACAAAGUGAGGAAGGCAGGCAAUCUUCCUGUUUUUCUUGAGUCCCUAAACUAAGGCCUCUUUUGUUUUGAGGUACUGUCAAUUUUAAGUUAAACCCAUAUUUAAAUGUAAAUUGAAAAAAAAAGUCAAACAAAAAUAUUUUUUAAUAGUUACUAUCCUGGAUGAUUCCAUCCUCAGCUCUAUGUAGAUAACUGAGAGUUGGCUGUAUGUUUGUUUCUGAGCAUUGUAAAGGGAUUUUCUCAAUCAAAUUUCUUCUACUUGACUAGUUGAGAGUUUCAUUUCUUCUUGCCUAGAUAAUUUAUAAACUGUUAACUAAUUUUUUUUGGGGGGGGGUCUCCCUUCAGUCCCUUCUGUGUCCUAGAAAUCUUAAUGCACUGAGCUGAUCACUUCAUUCUUCUGUUCCCAAACCUCCCCAUUGCCUCCUGAAUCAAGUGUAGACUGCUGAUCUUGGCAUUCAAGACCCUUUACAAUCUGAUCCCAACAUGUUUUUUCAGCUUUAUCAUGUACUGUGCCCUUAUUCUAUAUUCUACAUUUUAGUCAAAGUAGACUAUUUUCUUAUCUCUUACGUCUCAACCUGUCAGCGCCCAUUCACUACCCCCAGCCAAUCUGUAUACUGAAGUCCUUCUGUUGUUCUAAAGCCAAAAUUAAGCCCCACCUUCUCCAUAAAUUGUUUCCCCAUCUCCCCAACUGAAAGUGGUCUCUCCGUCCAUCUUACUCCUGGCACUUUACCUGAAACACUCCCUCCUUUCUAUCUGAUUUAUGUGUCUUUCUCUCUCAUGCUACAUCCUUCAUAUUAUAUUACAAGCUCCUUGAGGGAGGGGUUCAUGACAAAGAUCUUUUUGCCCUCAGCACCAUAGGUGCCUUGCAUGGAGUAGGUGCUUAAUAUUUUUUAUUUAAUGAAUCCUGCUAAUAAUAGGAUUAGGAUUUAAGGCAUUUCCCCCAAAUUGUUAGCAGAAAAUUUAUAACCCACCUACCUUUUUACCAAAAGUUAAAAAAAAAGAUUAGAAGCCAACUAUGACAUUCUCCUCUCUACUAUUCUCAAAUACUAAAAUUGCACACUUGUGGCAUCUUUAAAAUAGUGCCUGAAGUCAGUGUUGUGCCAUAUUAGAAGACCUCCACUUCAUGGAUUUUUAUCAUAGAACUAUAAAUUUAAUUAGUGUUUUAAAAGGCCAUUUUGAUCUAAGUUUAAAAGAUAAAGAAAAAAAGAGAACAGAUGAUUGAGAAAUGAACACAAUGCUAAUAUGAGAAUUCUCAUUUAACAAAAAUCAACCUUUCCACAAAUUUUGAAGUCAGAAGCAUUUUAUAGAAAGUUUUCUUUUAAACUCUAAAACAAUUUAAGCACCUAUUCCAUUGCAGGGCAUUGGAUCAUAACAUUGAUUUUGGUUUUGUUCUAGUUUCAUUUAAUAACUCCAGCUCGGAUCUGCUUCAUUUCAGGUGACCAAAAGAGCCCUGUUAUGGUGAGCAUUUUAUUCCCAGUGGAGAAAUGGUUCCUCACCUUACAUUUAUGAAACUUGAUCCUCAUUUCCAUAGAGUUAAAGAUUCGAUUAUUAAGAAGUAGCUGGGGGAGAGGCGGGGAAUCAGAAUUACAUGUUUAAGUCAUCACAUUUGAUUGUCUAAAACAAUUUACCAUGUAUGUAAAGAGCUAACAUUAGAAUAUGUCCAUGCUCAAAUCAAGUUCGUGUACAAAGUGACUACUUUUUGUAGUAUAUUUGGGUGAUUUUGUGAUGUGACAUGGGCAAUUUUUGUAAUGCUAGAUGGUUUCUUUUGUUGGUAUAAUUUUCAGCAGUUUUCAAUAAUUAAAUCAUGCAAAAUUUCCCUUUAGAAUUGGGAUUGUAUAUAAGACAGUGGUGACAUUGGGAUUUUUUUAAUAUUGUAAAAAUAGAAUAUUGCUGACGGGACUGAAGGUAAUAUGCCAUUUGAAUUUUAAAUGUAUAAUAAAAUACAUGUUUUAUAUAUAAUUGGGGUUUGAAAUAGGUGAAUGGAAUAUAAAUAUUUGUAUUCAAUCUAAGUGCUUUCAAAUGCUAUACAUUGUCAAAGAUUUGGACUUUUUUCUUCUGUUUACAAUUCUACAAUUCCAUGUAUUCUCUUUUCAAGAAUGUGAUGGGCAUUGAAAAGUUACCUCUUUCAAUAUUUAGAUUUGACACACUAGGAGGCUUACAUUUACCACCAUUUUGAUCUCAUUAUUACCAAAUACUUUCUAAAGAAUUGCCAUACUCCAAAACAGUCAAAUUCAAAUAGAAACCACUCUUUGCCAGCCACAUAUUGACUUAGAAAACCAGAAAUCAAUAUUAUGUUGUAUUGCAUUUUUUUGUAUAUUUUGUUAAAUAUUUCCUAAUUGCAUUUUGAUCUGUUUCCUGAAUUUUGCUGGGACAUAUUUGACAUCUCUGUUCUAAAGGAUCAGAUGGAAUAUAUACACCAGCAUACAUCUAUAAGUAGUAUUGCUUAAAUGAUAUAAUUUUCACAUGUGUUCUAUUGAUAAUUUCUUCUAGUACUUAACAUCCCAUUCUUCUGAUAAGAGUUUUAUUUGUGUGGGCCAGUCCUCUAUUUUAUAAGGUUUGUAACUUUUGGAGGGGUCAGGGAACAAAGGGAAUAAGAAUUUUUACUUAUAUAAUUUAACUAAUAAAGACAUUUCUAUAUUCUAUAUAUAUAUAUAACCUGACCCCAUAACUUGAAAGAAAAAAAUAGACUAUCAAUGCCAGUUAUUGCAGCAGAUGUUUUCAUAAAAUCCAUCACUAAAUUUACUCCUCCUAAAGUCGAUGUGUGCUUGUUAAAGUAGCCUAUGGUGCUUUUAAGUCCUAUAUCUGAUAAACUCAGUGAGACUCUGUACAUCAUGUGACCAUAUGCUUCUGGAGGGUACUCUUGUUUACUAAAUUGGGCAUUGCCAUUAAAUUACAACUAUGGAAAGAGA